AUGGGGAAAGGUAUAAGGGCAAUGAUUCGACAAGCAAAGAGCAAUGUUUUUGUACGACCAAAAAAGGAGAUACCAAAAGGACACAUAGCAGUGUACGUGGGAGAGAGGCAUUACAAGAAGCAUAGAAAGUUUGUGGUUCCAAUUUCAUAUUUGGAACAUCCUUUAUUUCAAGAAUUAUUGAGGAAAGCAGAGGAUGAAUAUGGAUUUGAUCACCCAAUGGGUGGUCUUACUAUCCCAUGCAGUGAAACUACAUUCCUCACUAUCACUUCUCAUUUGAAUCUCAUUAGUAGAUGUCAAUAA